UUAAUUUAUUGAAAUUAAUCAAUUUUCUAAAAAUAAAGACUGUUAAAAUAAAAAAAUCUGAGACAUUUCUGAAUAAUUUUCUGCCUCUCCGAGACUAUGGCGUUCGGUUUGAUCGGAAGAGUUGUUGGAACGAAACCGUCGAGGUUAGCUACGGCGGCGCGAUUGAUUCCGGCCCGAUGGACAUCAUCGGGAGCAGAAGCACAAACGAAAGCUUCUACCGGCGGCGGAGGAGCGAACCUGAAGACGUUUCAGAUCUAUCGAUGGAAUCCAGAUAAUCCUGGGAAGCCUGAGCUUCAGGAUUACCAGAUCGAUCUCAAGGAUUGUGGUCCGAUGGUUCUAGAUGCUUUGAUUAAGAUCAAAAACGAGAUGGAUCCGUCGCUCACUUUCCGUCGCUCGUGCCGAGAAGGCAUCUGCGGUUCGUGCGCGAUGAACAUCGACGGAUGCAACGGUCUCGCUUGUUUGACGAAGAUCGAAUCGGGAUCGUCGGGGACGACAAUCACGCCGUUGCCGCAUAUGUUCGUGAUUAAGGAUCUGGUGGUGGACAUGACCAAUUUCUAUAACCAGUACAAGAGUAUCGAGCCGUGGUUGAAGAGGAAGAACCCAGCGUCUGUUCCUGGGAAGGAGAUUCUACAGAGCAAGAAGGAUAGAGCUAAGCUUGAUGGAAUGUACGAGUGCAUUCUCUGCGCUUGCUGCAGCACUUCUUGCCCUAGCUAUUGGUGGAACCCUGAGUCUUAUCUUGGCCCAGCCGCUUUGCUCCACGCCAACAGGUGGAUAAGCGAUAGCCGAGACGAGUACACUAGUGAAAGACUUGAAGCCAUUAACGACGAGUUCAAGCUGUAUCGAUGCCACACAAUCUUGAACUGUGCUCGUGCAUGUCCAAAGGGAUUAAACCCAGGGAAACAGAUCACACACAUCAAGCAACUUCAGAAAUCUGGUUGAACAAACAAACUCAAUCACGCAGUACCCAUGGGAAACUCAUUCGCUUAUGGAUUUUUGAUGCUAAUAAAACUGCAAGAAACUCCAAUUUUGGUUUCAUUCUUGUAUUGCUGUUACAAAUAUAUCACAACAUAUGAUUUUUGUGGCAUAUCUUUGCCGAAAUUUUAUUGUCCAUCUACUUCUUUAGCAAAUACA